UAUUUAUGCGAUUGGUACAUUUUCCACACAAAUGAAACUAGCUAGGCACUACAGUCUACCUGGCAAUAGUUGGCUGGAAGCUAAUAGUACAUGAGUGACAGCAGCGCAUCAUACUGUGGACAGAAAUGAGCCAUACUACUCCGGAGGCAGUGGGUCUUGACCCUGCCGUGCUGAGAGACGAACUCUUUGAGCAAUGGAACAGCAAAGAUCUGCAGACGCUCCAUCUGGCAGCCCUCCAGGGUUUUUCAAAGCUGGCUGAGCCUCUAGAGGACUUGCUAACAAUCCUGGAGGGCUGUCCAGGCAAACAGAAAGGUCGGAGCCAAACCCUCGGCCAUCACAUCCUCAUGAAAUUCCAGACGUGGAUGAAGGAACAUCCGCAGGUGACCCUGAGCUCACUGUCAGAGCAGCAAGCAGGGGCGCUCCAACAGCGGGCUCUGAACUUACUAAGAGAUACCCAGCCCAGCUUUUUAGACGGUCUCAUGAACAUCUACCAACUCAACACCCUGGAUCCGGCCAUACUCCGACUCCACAUUGUGAGGUUGCAGGCUCAAAACUGCUACAAAGAGGCAGCAGAGCUCAGCAUAAAGCUGAAACUACAGAAAGACCUGAAUAUGGAGGAGAUGUGUGUACCGCUAAUCUUGCAGAACAAGUUGCUAUUGGCAGAGUCCUUUGUCACAGGCCACAGUCACCUAGAACAACAAUUGGUCACACUGCUAGAUUCGUGGUGCCACCCCAGCUUCCGUGUGGAGGAGAUAAGCAAGCAGUUCCCUCGCCUCUCGCUGUCCAAAGAGUGCAUGGGCCAGAUCCAGCCCAAAAUGCUCACCAAACAAGUCUUCCGACUCGUGGAGAAAUUCAACAUUGACCGAGGACUAUGUCCCAAUGCUCUGCAGAAGAGGAGAUUGGACUCUUUGCGUUUCCUCAUGUUCAAGAGGUUUGUGGAGAAAAGCAUGACCGAGGAGAACUGGAGCGACCUUGUAGAGUACGUAGUGGCAGAUGACCCUGAGCUGCAUGUCCAGCUGGUGGAGAUGUUGGUGAAGUACUGCGGUCUCCGGAAAGCCUCUCAGUGGUCACUGAGAUACAAAAUCCCCAGAUAUCGACUUCCCUAUGGUGUAUGGGAAACGCAACAGAGUCUACCGCCUCAUGCACAACAGAUACGUCUGAGUGAUUCAGCACAGACUGAGGAGUGGAUGCCGUCUCAGUCUCACUGUCAGAAGUUCUACCAGGUGCCACUCACCAAAGACAAGAUCCAUUUGGUGGACACACCGGAAGCUCUCCAGAGAUGUCGAAGCAUUGUGCUGAAGGAAGGUGGUGUAGUGGGAGUUGACAUGGAGUGGCAGCCAACGUUUGGCUGUAUCUCAACUCAGCAAGUUGCCCUGAUACAGCUUGCACUUUCUGACCAGGUUUUUUUACUGGACCUCUGUGAAGAGAGAUUCUGUCAACACCCAGAUACUGUUAGUUUAAUCAGGAGCUUUUUUUCUGCAAAAAAUGUUCUUAAACUCGGUUAUGGUAUGUCAGGCGAUCUCAAGUGUCUCUUGGCCACCUGGCACCAGUUAUUAGAGGAGCCAUUGAAGAUGGAGGGGAUGCUUGAUCUUCUAAAUGUACACCAGAAGAUCCAGCGUGGUAAGGUCAAGAGGACUCAAAAUGGACCAAGCGAGGUUCUGGUAGGAGAGGACACUGCAGAGAAAGGCCUCAGUCUGCUGGUACAACAGGUCCUGGGAAAGCCCCUGGACAAGACAGACCAGAUGUCCAACUGGGAGAAACGGCCACUGCGCAUCAGCCAAAUUAGAUAUGCAGUGGCUGAUGCCUAUUGUUUGCUGGAUGUGUACUCUGUCCUCUCCAGCAACCCAGCAGACUUUGGGCUACCGGCUGACCUGUGCAGCAUCUCUUCAAGCCAAUCAGAGAAGGGUGGAGAAAAGAAGCAGAAAGACAAAGAGAAACAGGCCAAGCAGAAGAAACAGGCCCACGGCGUAGAGGAAUGUCAGGGGGCUCAAAGGGUCAGUCCCCCUCACACUGACACAGAGAAAGGCCUCCUGUGUGGCAAGAAGCCCCCAGAAGACACCCCCCCUCUGCCCCCCCAGCAGUUGCGGGUUGUGUGUGACAACAUGCUGCAGGGACUCGGGAGGUACCUGCGCUGUUUAGGAGUCGACGUGGUCAUGUUGGAGAACACUGAUGACCACAGAGUAGCAGCAAAGUUAGCUCAAGCUGAAGGCCGUGUCAUACUCACCUGUGGACAACCGUUCCAAAGUCUGCGGUCCCAGGUAGGCGAGGGUCGCUGUCUGUCACUCGACUGUUCAGAGAAGGCCAGGGACCAAGCUGUUCGAGUCCUCAGACACUUCAAUGUCCAGCCCACUACCAGCGAUAUAUUCAGCCGCUGCCAGGCGUGUAACAGUGAUCAGUACAUGGCGGUGCCCAGGAAGGACAUGAUGAGGAUGCUUAAACAGAAAGGAUUUUUGCAGGACAACGCUGACCACACACAACAGCAGGAUGAGGAGAUGACCCACGGUGUGACCCCUGACCUCCCCAGGUAUGCCCUUCACUGUCAAUGGGCCCCCCUUUCAGGUCUGGACCCCGACACCCUGACCUUUCCCAGUGGGGCACAAAUACAGCUCCACACCGUGCCCCCCGGCCUCCUGCCGAGGAUACCGAUCUUCUAUGUCUGCACCAGAUGUGGCAAGGUGUUCUGGGAAGGCUCUCACUUCGGCCGUGUCCUUUCCAUGUUUCAGGAUGUCUUCCACAUAGAUGACACUGAAUCCGCUGCAGAUCCCAUUACAGCAGCUGUCAUGACAUCCAAUUAAAUUGCCUCUUAUAUAAGAUUAGUUUAAUUUUAUUUUUUGUUUAUUUUUUAUACAGGGGAUGAUGGUUUUAUUGUCAAAGUUUUAAAUCUAUAGUGUAUGUAAGGACCAGUUUGUAAGAUUAGCAUAUUCAUAUUAAUUCGUUUGUUUUCAUUAUUGUAUAAUUGCCUGAAAAUAAGAAUAAUUGUGUUUUCGUUACCUUAGAAUCAGUUCUUUAUAUCUACAAAGGGAGCAGGGUCCUCUGCUGCAGAGACCAACAUGUUGCACCUCCAUGUUUCUACUGUAGCCGAGAAUGGACAAACCAAACACCGGCCCUAGAGAGCAGCUUUGGUGUUUUUUGCAAGUUUCUUACACACUUGGAAAGGGAAGGGUGAGGAGAGGAGUAGUCAGUUGGUUGCAGUCUGCAAGCUCAAUGUCAGAUGCCACUAAAUCCUACACACUGGACCUUUAAACCUCAGUGAACCAAAGAAUGUUUUGACAUUGUCAUUUUUGUUGUUGAUCGUACUCACUGCUAUAACAUGGCACAUUCAUUGUGAUUUAGCAGGGGAGCAGGCAGCAUUCAGCAGGGAAUUAUAUCUUCAGACUAUUAAGUGCAUAACGGAAGUAGAUGCAUGAAUGUCUUCUUGUUCCUUGAAACUGUUUCUGGGGUCACAUUUUAUCCCAUUUUUGUUGUUGUUGUUGUUUUAGUUUAAACGUUGCUGUUAAAUGAGGCCAGGACUCAGUUCCUUGGCCUUUUUUGCAGUCCGUGCUACUUCCCCUUCUCUGUGAUUACAUUUGUAUAAUGUUGAGUUAUUGAGCUGGAAGCUGAAUGGCUGUCAAUAAACAGAUUUUCAUGUCCUUUAUUAAUGUGUGAGAAGUCUGCAGGUAUGUUUCAGAAUUCACAAAACAGAUGGUGAAGGACUCAGAGGGGACGGAUUGAUGAGAUCAUCUAAGCUUCACUGAAAUCUGUCAGGUGUAACAUUAACAGUGUGGGGGUUUCCUGCCCAGGGGCUGAAGAGCAGACAGGUCAGAGAGUAACCCAACACAUACACUGCCUGAAUCCCUUCAUAUUUACUCAUACUGCUCGGUCUAACUCCCCUAUUCUCUGUUCACAAAUCCCACAUUGGAUUUGUGUGAUUGCAGAAAAUGAGAUUUG